UACAAGUGGGCGAUGAGAACCGUCUUUCAUGAGAAGAAGCUCAUCAAGAUCAUGGAGGGUUCGAUUGUCAAAUCGGGGCUCUCGACGGCCGAGAAGAAGGAGGCGUUCGAUGAGAAGCAGACGCAGAUCAUGCACAUGGUGGGGACGUCGAUGCCGCGGGAAACGCUGCACCAGAAUGGUGCAACGCGGAAGUCAGAAGCACGGAGGCAAUUUCGGCGGAGCCAGGGACAAGGACAGCAAAAGUGA